ACCCAGCGGUGUUUUCGUGUACAACACAACGACCUAUACUUCCCGGAGUAUUGCCAUUUGUAACACAGGUUACACUCUGUCGGGUUCUUCCAACGUGGAGUGCUCAGCUGAAGGGCGGUGGCAACCGUUCAACGUUUCGUGCAACAUUGUUGAUUGUGGACUUCCUGGUUCUAUUCCUGACGGCAGUUUUAACUAUAACACCACAACCUACGGUUCUCUCGGCCUUGUUAUCUGCAACCCUGGAUUCAACUUCUCUGGUAGCAACAACAGUGUAUCUUGCACGGAAAGUGGCCACUGGGAAAAUGUUUCUGGAAUUUGUAAAGUGGUUGAUUGCGGCCCUGUACCUGAAGCCCAAAACACGCUCAUGUCCUUCAACAGCACAGUGUUUGGAUCAACUGUCACUAUCACAUGUGUCAAUAAUACCGACCUAUAUAAUGCUACUAACACAGGGGUAUGUGAUGAACGUGGCCAGUGGAUAGGGGUGCCUGUGUGUAAGAAAAACUUUCAGUCAAUUGACGGCUGGGUCUUACUGCUUCGUGCCACAGCCGACGUCAACAUAUCGGUGUACGACGUGUGGAUGGAUGACACCAUAUACCAUGAUCACCCGGUAGUGAAUGAGAAUUUGCAACCCGGAUGUAUGACCCUUGACACGUCACUUCCGUGUGAUAUGCAUUUUAAAAGUAAACUGGUAUCAACGUGGGAAAACGCCAGUAUUGGCCAGGUAAAAGUUGUCGUAUUAAAAGAGAACACUGUCAAAGCAGAGGUUGUUUUUUGAUGGAGCCGGGACCACGAAAGACAGCUGGUUUGCCCCAAACCGCAUCAUCAACUCCACCUGGACAGACAUUAAAACUUCGAGAUUUAAUAUUUUCAG